UGCAGCCAAGCCUAAAUAUAGGAGAUAUUUUUCUCUCUCUAAAAUCACAUUCUCGGUCUUCACGCUACGCCUUCAAAUCAAAUUUGUUCACCUCAUUGGAAAUUACGAUCGUCGCAGCACUAUCCAUCCGGAUUGAUCAAAAUAUUUUUGAGAUUUCAGAAAUGUCGAAUUCCGACGAACAGCAAUCGGCGGAGGAUCGGCAAUUCGACGACGUGGAUCGCGCCGAUCAGGUUUCCGGCGGGGGAAGUUCCAUCGAUGUCUCUUCCAGCCACGACGAGGCGGCGACGCUUGCGAAUCUGUCGGUCACGCGGAGGUUGACAGAUAUUUUGGUGGAGGAUAGGGAUGCCGAUCUGCUGCUGCAGAGGAGCGGGAGAGAAGAGGGGGUUAUCCAAUGGCUUCGCGCAUUGGAUUUGCAGGUGACGGGGGCUUGCCGAGCGGAUGAGAGGUUGAAGCCUUUGCUCAAGCGGAACGCCUCCGCUGCCAUGGCUGAGGAUGGUCUACUAUCUCACCUUAGUCAGCACUUUGAGCCGUCAGAGGUUGGCAUGUUGGCCAGGUGCUUGUGCGCACCGCUGGUUUCUCUCCGGGUCGGAAAGAUCAACAAGCAAGGAACGUUUCUGUGUCCGACAUCUGUAAGGGGCAAUUUAUGUCUCACCCUUCUGCCAACAUCAGAUUUGAGAAUAUCAUUUAAUGGAGAUGAUGGUUCUGAGGAGAGGCUGGCAACAUUAAGUACUGAGGCUCAGUGUACCGAUGUGGAAAUUGAGGAGAUCCCUGCUGACAAGUCUGGAAGGUCCUUCUUUGUGAAGACCUCAGAUGGCGUGGUUUCUUAUUUUUGGUCCUCAGAAAAAUCUAUGUUUGUGGGGUAUGAAUUGCUUGGAAAGUUGAAAGAUUUGCUAGCUCAGAAACCUUCACUUGCUGAACUAACUGGAAUUAGCAAGUCACGACUCAACUCUUUUGUGAGCCAUCUUCGGUCAUACCUUACUGGAUCAGUGGCAAAUAAUGCUCAAGUGAGUGGCGUGCUAUCGGUUAGUCCUUCAGAUGGCUCAGCCAAUUCUUCCGAACAUCAUAGUCCUCAUUCAUCAGCCAAUAGUUUAAUGAGUUCACGCAUCAGGCAAUAUGGCAGUCAAGGAUCAAAGACAAACCUCAUUUAUCAGGGCUGUUUAAGUCCUAGAUCGAGUUCGUUCAAAGAUGGCCUGCAAAAAAGUUUGUCUGACAUAAGGAGUGCCGCCAGAGAAAAAUUGAAGCGUCGUGGUGAGAAUAAUGUUCCAGGUAUUGGCAGCUUACUUGAGGCUUCAUCAAAAAGUAGUGAUUUCUUUCUGAAAGAUAAACUUACUCUGGUGAAUGGGGAUGGAACUCUCGAGUUUCCUUCAUUAACUUUAAAUUUCUUGGAAGCAUAUGGAAAUUCUGGGGAGCUACCGCUUUCAAGACCCGAACCACAAAUUCUUUCGUCGAGUCCAUCUCCUUUUUCUCCUCACUACUGCUGGUGUCCUCCCGUUGCAUCAUCUCUGCAAGGUCCCAUUUCAUCCACCGAAUCCUUUUCUCUGCCUCCCCUUUCGUCUGUGUUAUCAUCAUCAGCUCUCGGAACCUCAAAACCACUGCUAGAUCUAGCAGAGCUUCCACCUUUUGAUUUUCCUAGCUUCCUCCCAGAGCCUCUGGUUAGAUUACCAUCGUCACAGCAAAUCCCAACGUUCACACCUUUAAUUUGCGAACCUAUUGUUCACAUUCCUGUAAUUGACGUCUGCUCGUCAGGCCAAGGGUAUUUAGUCAGCGCUGGUCCUGCUAUGUCUACCUCUAUCCCUCCAUUGAAUCCUAAUCUUGUUGAUCCUCUACUCCCAACUGGUGAAUCUAUGGUGGAACAAAGCGCUAGGGAAACGCUCCGGAUGCUCAUCAACAGCUCCAACCAACCCCAUCCGCGACUGCUAGAGGUAUUGCCUUCUGUCCUAAGCAGCAGCAUCGAUAGCCAUAACAUAGUUGCUGCAGGAAGCCGGGGUCUAUACAUCGGAACCAAGGAUGUUGAAGCUAGUAGCAUGUCUGCUUUGGGGCUCGUUCUGUUGUCCGAUAUUGGUAGCAGUGAUCAAACUGAGAGGGAAUCUACCUCAGAUCCAUCUAAUUUCAAAGAAGCUGUAGACUGAUAGUUGUCUCUUUUGAGUUUUGUAGUUGUCUGGUAUUCAUCGAAAUAUAUAGAAAAUGGGAGGAGAUGCCUAUGUAAUACUAACUAUAUCUAUCAGCUUGGGGCUUAAUGUAAUUAUCCAGUUUUUGAGAAAUGAAAUGAAAAGAAAAAUGCAGUCUUUCUAUUGA